AUGGCCACGGCGGCGGACGCAAAUCGGGCUCCUCCGCAGGGCGGUGUGAUGGAAGGAGCCAACCCGUCCAAAUACAAUCCAAACGAUCCCAUCAUCUUGUUCAUCAUCCAAGCCGGCCUCAUCAUCAUCGUCUGCCAUGCGCUGCACUGGCCGCUCUCCAAGAUCCGGCAGCCGCGCGUCAUCGCCGAGGUCGUCGGGGGCAUCAUCCUCGGGCCCUCGGUCAUGGGCCGCGUGCCGGGCUUCCAGCAGGCCAUCUUCCCCAAGGAGUCGCUCCCGAACCUGUCGCUCGUCGCCAACCUCGGCCUCAUCCUGUACCUGUUCCUCAUCGGCAUGGAGACCGACGUCGGCUACCUCGUCAGCAACUGGCGCGUCGCCACCUCGGUCGCCUUUGCCGGCCUGGCCCUGCCCUUCGCCGCCGGCUGCGGCCUCGCCUGGGGCGUCUACCACGCGUUUCGCGACGACUCGGGGCUCGCCCCCAUCAGCUUCAGCACCUACAUGCUCUUCAUCGGCAUCGCCAUUGCCAUUACCGCGUUCCCGGUCCUCUGUCGAAUCCUCUCCGAGCUGAAGCUUCUGGAUACGUCCGUCGGUGUCAUUACUCUGUCGGCCGGUGUCGCCAACGAUGUCGUCGGCUGGGUGCUGCUGGCCUUGUGUGUCACCCUCGUCAACGCCGGCAAGGGCCUGACGGCGCUCUGGAUCCUCCUGUGCUGCGUCGGGUUCCUUCUCUUGCUCGUGUAUUUUGUCAGACCCGCGCUGUACUGGCUCCUCCGUCGCACAAAUAGUCUGCAGGCCGGCCCCUCCCAGAGCAUCGUGUCACUCAUCAUGCUCUUGGCACUGGCCUCGGCCUUUUUUACAGGCAUCAUCGGUGUGCACCCCAUCUUCGGCGCCUUCAUGGUCGGUCUCAUUGUUCCGCGCGAAGAGCGGUUCAACAUCAAAGUCACCGAAAAGAUGGAGGACUUGAUUGGCGCGCUGCUCCUGCCACUCUACUUUACCCUCUCAGGUCUCAAGACAAAUCUUGGCCUGCUCAACAGCGGCCUGGCCUGGGGCUACGUCUUUGCGACAACCAUUGUUGCUUUCUCGACAAAGAUUAUUGGCGCGUCUAUCGCUGCACGACUAAACGGUCUCGUGUGGCGCGAAUCGCUCACCAUUGGUGUCUUGAUGAGUUGCAAGGGUCUCGUCGAGUUGAUUGUGCUGAACAUUGGCCUCCAAGCCAACAUCCUCAGCACCCGCACCUUUACGAUUUUUGUCGUCAUGGCGCUCUUGACCACAUUUACAACAACACCACUGGUGUCAUGGCUGUACCCGCCCUGGUACCAGAAGAAGAUGGAACUCUGGCGCCGAGGCGAGAUCGACUGGGAUACCGGAGCCCUCAUCAGCCCGCCGCCCGGCGACGGCGCAGCUCCAGUCGCUGCGCGAGAGCAAAGCGUGACGCGCGUCCUCGUCUAUCUGCGCCUGGACACGAUGUCGAGACUGUUGCGGCUCGUCUCUCUGUUUGGCGAUUCUUCCAAGACUCUGGAUAAAGUCGCAGAGGCGGGGAACCCAUCUCCGAGACCAGUGCGCGCCCAUGGUAUCCGACUCCUCGAGCUGACGGACCGUGACUCGUCCGUCAUGACCGUGUCCCAGGUGGACAGCUACAGCCGGCACGACCCCGUCGUCAGCACCUUCCGAACCGUGACCCAGUCCAAGUCCCUCGCCGUCUCCGGCGAGGUCGCCAUCAUGCCCGAGCAUCGCUUCUCCCAGGCGCUCCUCACAAAGGCCGCGGCCAUGUCCGCCAACCUGCUGCUCGUUCCCUGGAGCGAGACGGGCAACAUUGCCGACUCGCAGAUCCUGUCAUCCUCUGCGCAGGCGGACAAGCUCGCCUCGCAGUACACGUCAUUCGCCUCGUCGAUCCUGGACAACAACGAACACAACAUUGCCGUGUAUUUCACUAGAAGUGACUAUGCCAGCGCAAAGGAAAGUCCAGCAGAGGACAAGGGCAAGCUGACGCGCCAGUACUCCCUCGGCAUGCUGCGACAAGACUUCCCCGUCGCGGCCGCCAAUCACCAGCCGUACCACAUCUUCAUGAUUUACAUUGGCGGCGCCGACGACGACUUUGCUGUCCGUCUUGUUCUGCAGCUGUGCGAGGGCUCGCAGGCGACGGCGACCAUCCUGAAAGCCAAGCAUGAAGAUGCGCACGCCUCCAGUUCGUCCAGGACGGACAUCAGCAACCUCUUGGAUGGCCUGGGCGAGGAACUGUCCGACAAGGUGCAGCUCGAGCACGUGGACGGCCCCAGCACCGUGGAAGAACUCAUCCACCACGCAUCGACCAACCUGGAAGUCGCCUCGCACCGAAACAAGUCCAGCCUCAUUGUGGUCGGAAGGCAUGCCAAGGACACGCUGGAUCUCGGCAAGCUCAAGCACAACCCGUCCCCCGAGACGGCCCAUUGCUUGGGAGUUCUCGCAGCGCAGGUAGUGGAGGAGUUUGUCGAAGCGGACGUGUUGAUUGUGCAGGCGGUGCAAGCUGUUGAUACCCCAGCAUACUCUUGA